AUGUCUGCUUCGCACCAACGCAACGGCGGCACCUCCGUGUCAGAGGUUGAAAUGACGCAGAGGAACUCCGCAACGAUGAAAAGCCAGUCCUCUCCGCUACUCCGCGGUGGCGAUUCGACCGCCACUACCACGAUGUCGGCUGUGGGGGGCGGCAGUGCUGGCAAGAAUACUGAUGGCAUCCGCAUCCGCGUGCGGUACCUCGUUGAAGGCGUGACUGACGCGGCCUGGCGCCUUGUACCGAACGUCGCGACGCUGAAGCAGAUGGUGUGUGAACAGGAUCAGUACUUUGCCUUGCCACCCUCGCCAACGGGUGGCGGCGAUCAUUUUGCAAAGCUCCCAUUGCGACCCCCUGCGCGCACGCCAGCAACUACGAAUGCUUCACCCACGGUUCCCUCUGAGCCCACCGCUGACAAGACACACGGGCCAUUCGCCUUUCCAGCGAUCCGGCUGUCUCCUACCUCUACUCCCAACAGCGACGCUUGCCCGGCGUGGGUCAGCAUUAAGGCUGCCACAGAGGAAGAGUUGGCGGAGGUUCUGGAGAGCCUGCCCGUGCAUGUGCUCACACGACGCCGCAUCAUCUCAGUGCUCUGCACCGAUGAGGAUGCUGAGGGGCUCAUGGAGCUUGGGAACAGCGAGUCGAGCAGCGACGAGGAGGAUACAGAGUCUUCUUCGGACGGAGGGCGUGAAAAGGACGGCCGUGCCAGACGCUACACAGCGGUGCGUGACAACUUCUUCGAGUACUUCCCCGCACACGGCUACGCCGUGCUGUGUCUGCAGGCAGUGGGGCUGCAGAGGAUGGAGAGUACGAGAUGCGGCGCCAUCCAGCAUGAUGGGAUGAACCGACGUGGCGCCCAGCUGCCGUGCACACCAGUGGUGGCAUUGGCCUUUGAGUCGGCGCUCUUCACCUUCAGUGCGAGCCACUUUGGCGGAGAAGGAGACGUGGAGCUCAUCGUGGCCAACCACGCAUGGGUCAGCGAAUCUACAAGAGGCACCGGUGGAACUGGCGUGUGGGGACUUCACUCGGCAGCGUCGCAUCUGUCAACUGUCGGUGGCCUCAAGGGGGCUGAGUCACGCAAAACCGAAACAGGCGACACCCCUUCCGUCGAGUGGGAGCGCCAGUGCGACACAAGCCUUCCUCUCGACGAUGCGGGCAGCUUAUUCAAGGAUCAGGUCAACGGAGCCACACCUGACGCGCCUCGUGGCUCAGCCGCUGGUCGAGGGGUAGAACGAGCACCGCUCACAUACCCCGCCGUUGCUGCUGUAGGUGCUGCGCCACCGCCGUUAUCGGCACGGCAGAUGAGAGAGACCCAGCAGGCCAUGGCCCCCUUCGGCUCCCCUAGCGACCCGACAUCGCCGAACUACCGUGUAACCACAGCCAUUUCCGUCGUAUGCAGCUCGCUCGUGUCCGCCAUUAUCGCCUACCUCCAGAAAUCUGUCCGUGUGCUGCUCAUUGAAGCGGAUCAACUCGAUGAGCUUGUGCUUCAAAUUCUGCCUUCGCGUGUUGACCAGGAUGACAUGCUGGUGCGCAUCAAGAGCCUGCGCCACCUCAUCGCUCUCUUUCACAUCGACGCUUUGCAGAAGGAGCGGGUGUUGAAGGAGCUGCUGUUGCCGGCAAUGCGCCGGACACCGCUUUCGAGAUCCACGCCGGCAGUGGAGCGCUACCAACGCUUGCUCUCAUCCAUUCGCAGCACGAUCCUCAAACUCCGCAAGAGUCGCGACAUCGUCAACAGAGCGAGCAUGACCCUCAUCAGCGGUGUGUCAGCACGCCUCUUGUCGCACUGCCACUUUAUGGACUACCUGAACCACGUGCAGACUCAAAUUACUGUCAUAGUGAUGCCGGUCACCAUCAUACCAAAUUUGUUCGCCAUGAACGUACGAGUACCCUUCACUGACGCAGAGACGACGACACCCUUCUUCUGCAUCGUGAUCAUUACGCUGAUGCUCUUGUUGGCUGGUGUUUCGCCGAUCUUGUACAAGUUCUUGAUGUAUAAGACGCCAGGUGCGCUUGCCACGAUGGAGUAG